GGGCACCAUGAGGCCUCUGCAUCAUCAACCAUCCUUCCUCCUGGUUGGAGAAGGAAACUUUUCCUUCUCAGCCAGUUUGUGUGAGGUGAAGGGCUGUGAAACUCACAUUGUUGCUACCUGCUAUGAGAAUGAAGACACUGUUUCUAGACAAGAUCUUGCCAAGUCCAACAUCCAAUAUCUGAGGGACAGAGGAGCUGAAGUUCAUUUUUGUGUUGAUUGCACAAAACUGAAAGAGUUCUUCUUGCCAUCUGAGAGAGAUUUUGUUCGCAUUUAUUUCAACUUCCCCCAUUGUGGGAGAAAAGCUGGAGUGAAAAAGAACAGGGAGCUUCUUGCCAGGUUUUUCUAUAGUUGUGCAGACAUCCUGGCAGAGAAUGGAGAGGUCCAUGUGGCACUUUGCAGAGGGCAGGGCGGCACCCCUGCAGACCAGCCAGUGAGGGAGUGGCACAACAGCUGGCAAGUCGUGGCCAUGGCAGCAGAGGCAGGAUUUAUCCUGAGCGACGUUCAUCCAUUUAACAUCAGAGAUGCUUGUGGAUAUAAAUGCACAGGUUACAGGAGUCAGGAUAAAUCUUUCUCUGUAGAAGGAGCUCUGAACCACAUAUUCACACGGAGUUUGCCUUUUCUGCAUCCCAGACCUGUGAUCUGUCAAACGGAUCUGGAAGGCAAAUUGGUUUCCUUCCUAGUUCCAGAGAUAUUUCAAGACAAGAUUAACAGGUGUUUCCUCGAUAAGAAUUUGGAGCAUCCUGUAAGGACAAUAAAUGAAAAGCUCAUCGAUGAGCUUGGGAAAUCUUUCCCAAUUCAGAAGGUGAACUCUUCCAUUUCCUUGGUGUUCCAGGACAGCCCCAACUCCCCUUCCCCUCCGGAUGCCUUUUGGAUGGUUCCUGUUGCCAAAAGAAACCCAGUCCCAAAGCCCAUGGCUAACAAAACUGCAAAGGAUACAGAAGCCUUUGCCUUUCCUUCUGGUUUUUCUAGCUGGGGUGGUAGUGAUCACUGCCCCGACUUGCUGAGCUGGGAAAGCAACUGGGUCUUGGGACAGUAUUACCUCAGACCUUCCUUGCUGCUUUCUCUUCAUACUGUCGUACAGCAAGCAGAGUUCCCACCUGGGACUCUCUUGGUCCUCAGUGGACCGGCCUUUAGGAAAUGCAAGCUCUCUGCUCAUGCUCUGCCCAUUUUUCACGAGACGGCCUUUAUCUGUGUGGCUAAUAAGGGCUCAGAAGCUGUAAGACUUUCAGAAGCCCUAGCCGGAAACCUCACAAGUACUUUAAGCUCGCUGCUCCAGCCUUCGGGUGUCACAUUGGACUGCACGACAGACAAACCAGAGACAACACAACUAAGUACCUUUGUAACUACUGAAGCCCAGCUGCAUGAAUCGAAAUAUUUUAUCACUGUGACCCUUGAUGCUUCCGAUCCUGACCCAAAGGAAAUUUGUGUAGGGUCAGUAGGCACAGCUCCAUGGCAGCCGAAGAGCAUCGAUCGAGAAAUUGUUUGUGCUUCGCUGAACCUUGACCUUCUGGCUAUGCAAGCGUGUGGAAUCUUUGACUGGCGCAUGCUCUGGACCUCUGACAAGCGUUUCCUGAACCGGUUCGCAGGAGGGCGUUUAGGCCCUUUCAAGAGCAUUUCGCUCUAUCCGCCUUCCUAUGUGCACGACCUCAGCUUCUGGGUUCCUGAACCGGAAAGAUUUAACGAAGCCCAGCUUCACACCAUUGCCAGGUGCGUAUCUGGAGAAACAGUUGUGUCUGUUCAACUGCUGGACAGCUUUCUGCACCCCGACACUGCACAAAUCAGCCUCUGCUAUAGGUUCACUUACCAGUCUUGUGACAAAGCGCUCAGCCGCCAGCAGGUGGCAGCCAUGCAAAUGAAGCUGAGGGAAGAAAUACGACGUGGUUUGCACGUGACUCUUAGGUAAAGCUUCAUCCUCACUCACCACAGACAGAUUUUGCCAGAGACCAUAAUUCAGGAAUUCUCAAUACUACAGUGGGUGUGUGCAUGUGCCUUUCAUGCUGUGUGUUGCAUCAGGCCAGACAAACGCCUUUCAUAAAGGCUGAGCGGGCUUGAAAGGUUCAUAGCACCCGGCAAUUUCUCCCAUUAUGCUCCUUAAUGUAAUAAAGUUCAUCUGUUUUA